AGAUACCAGUCUAGAUAUACAAAAACUUUUGGAGCAUAUAGGCAAAGACCUCCAAAAAGCUUCAUAGCAUAUUCUUCGUGACUCGUGUCAUAAAAAAAUUGCAUUUUUUAGUGCUAAAGACAAUUAAUAUUACAAUGCUUCGAGCUAGGACGUUUAGAAGCCGUUCUUUGAUAGCUUGUCUUAAACAUAGACCUUGGCAAGUGUUUUUUCAAAGAAAUCAAUCUACUUCUGCAGGAUCCGAGUCUUUUCUAAAUGGAAAUUCAGCAACUUACAUUGAAGAAAUGUAUAAGGCAUGGCAAAAAGAUCCAGGAAGUGUACAUUCUUCAUGGCAAGCAUUUUUUCAAACUGGAACCUUUAUAUCUCCGACAUCUUUAGGAUCCAAAAUGGUUGCUCUUGGACCGAAUUCGGAUAAAGAUGUUCAAGAUCAUUUAGCAGUUCAGGCGCUGAUCAGAAUGUAUCAGAUAAGAGGGCAUGUUCUUGCCAAGCUGGAUCCAUUAGAAAUAAAAGAAAGUGAAAAAGCCAACGAUAAUUUAUCUACCUAUUACGAUAGAGUAGAAAAUCAAUUAUUAACUGAAGAUGCGAACAGAGUUUUCAAACUACCCGAAACGACAUUUAUUGGUGGCGAAGAGAAGAGUUUACCUUUAAAAGAUAUUGUAUCAAGAUUAAAGUCCGUAUAUUGUGGACACAUCGGGUUGGAAUUCAUGUUCAUUAACGACAUGGAACAGUGUAAUUGGAUAAAGCAAAAGUUCGAAACUCCCCAAAGCAUGCAGAUAUCUGUUGAAGAUAAACGGAUUUUACUUGAUCGACUAAUCAGAUCCCAAAAAUUUGAAGAAUUUUUAGCCCAAAAAUUUCCAGCAGAAAAAAGGUUUGGCUUGGAGGGAUGUGAAGUAUUAAUACCUGCCAUGAAACAUGUUAUUGAUAUCUCAUCAGAAAAAAAUGUUGAGUCUUUUGUUAUUGGAAUGCCCCACAGAGGCAGAUUGAAUGUACUUGCAAAUGUUUGUAGAAUACCGUUAGAUCGAAUUUUUUGUCAAUUCGAUUCAACAUUGGGGUCGAGUGAUGAAGGCUCUGGAGAUGUAAAAUAUCAUUUGGGAAUGAACCAUGAGAGAGUCAAUAGAUUAACAAACAAGAAGAUACGAUUAGCAGUGUGCGCUAAUCCUUCACAUCUUGAGGCUGUCGACUCUGUAGUUCAGGGUAAGACCAGAGCCGAGCAAUAUUUUAGGGGAGAUACAAAACGGAAACAAGUUAUGCCCAUUCUUCUUCAUGGUGAUGCGGCUUUUUCUGGUCAAGGUAUUGUCUACGAAACCUUCCACCUUUCAGAUCUUCCAGAGUAUACAACAGGAGGUACAAUCCACAUAGUCGUAAACAAUCAAAUUGGAUUCACAACGGAUCCAAGACAUUCAAGAUCUUCACCAUACUGCACUGAUGUUGCUAGGGUUGUUAAUGCUCCAAUUUUCCAUGUAAAUGCGGAUGAUCCAGAGGCCGUCAUGAAAGUUUGUCGCGUUGCAUGCGAGUGGAGAAAUCACUAUGGAAAAGACGUUGUUAUAGAUUUAGUUUGCUACAGAAGAAAUGGCCAUAAUGAAACCGAUCAACCUAUGUUCACCCAGCCUCUUAUGUAUAAAAAAAUUCAUCAGAUGGAAACAGUUAUGAAAAAAUAUAGCACAAAAUUAAUUGCUGAAGGUAUUGUUUCUGACGAAGAAGUUAAAGACAGAAUUAAGAUCUAUAAUGACAUAUGUGAAGCGUCAUACGAAAAGGCGAAAGAGGAGCCAGCAGCAAGAAAUAGCAACUGGUUAGAUUCACCUUGGGAUGGCUUCUUUCAGAAAGCUGACUCAAUGACAUUACCUAAAACUGGAAUUGAUGAUAACCAGAUAAACCAUAUUCUUACAAAAUUUGGUAGUUACCCAGAGGACUUUAAUUUGCACAGUGGCCUAAAGAAAAUAUUAAUGAAAAGAUUAACCAUGCUAAACGAGGACAAGAAAACGGACUGGGCCAUGGGAGAAGCUUUGGCAUUCGGUUCAUUACUAAUGGAUAAAAUUCAUGUAAGAUUGAGUGGACAGGAUGUUGAAAGAGGAACAUUUUCACACAGACACCAUGUUUUACACGAUUACGAAAUUGACAAGAAAACUUAUUUGCCGUUGAACAAUCUUUCAGAUGAUCAGCAAAAAUACAUCGUUUGUAAUUCAUCCCUUUCUGAAUUUGGUGUCUUGGGUUUUGAAUUAGGUUAUUCAAUGCAAGACCCAUACACUUUAGUAAUAUGGGAAGCCCAAUUUGGUGACUUCUCAAACACUGCUCAAUGUAUCAUUGAUCAAUUUAUAAGCUCCGGACAAUCUAAGUGGGUUCGUCAGACUGGUAUCGUUCUGCAAUUACCUCAUGGCUAUGAAGGUAUGGGUCCGGAACACUCGUCAGCUAGAUUAGAGAGAUUCCUUCAGAUGAGUAACGAUGAUGAAGACCAUUUCCCUGUGGAAGGAGAUGACUUUGAAAUGCAACAAUUGCAUGAUAUAAAUUGGUUCGUUUGUAAUCCUACAACACCUGCCAACCACUUCCACGUUAUCAGGAGGCAGAUAGCUCUCCCCUUCAGAAAACCACUUAUUUUAAUGACCCCAAAAUCUUUGCUUCGACUCGCCGAAGCUCAAUCUCCCCUUUCGGACUACGCUAAAGGAACUAGAUUCCAAAGAGUUAUACCUGAAAAUGGUGUAGCAGCAGAAAAUCCUCAGAAAGUACAGAGGCUAAUUUUCUGCUCUGGAAAAGUGUAUUAUCAUCUAAUAGGGGAGCGUAAAGCAAAAUCUGAUAUUGCUAUCUCUAGAGUGGAGCAAAUUUCUCCUUUCCCAUUUGAUCUAGUUAAGGCUGAAAUAUUGAAAUAUCCCAACGCUGAAGUUGUAUGGGUUCAAGAAGAACAUAAAAACAUGGGUGCUUGGUCUUAUGUUGAACCAAGAUUUUUGACCGUAAUGAAAAACUUGCAAAAGGAACCACAAAUAAGGUAUAUUGGUCGCCACUGUUCACCUUCAACCGCUACUGGAUAUAAAGCAUAUCACAUAAGAGAACUUGGCCAAUUUUUGCAAGAUGCAAUGAAAUUAGAAUAGAAGGUGAUUAAUUACCAAUUCAAGUGUGCUGUCAUCUGCAGAAGUUUUUCUUUACUUUCGUUUUGAAAAAUGAAGUAACAACUAAUAAAAUACGUCUUUUAAAUCCCAGAGGGAUCUUAAAUUGCACAAAACCUGUAUUUUAAAGUUGAAUUUUUAUGUAUUAUUUCCGUUUGAACUAAUAUCAUCACUAUGUUUCUCAAAUUUUAAAAGAGAAAUUUCACCGAUUGAUUUUACAACCUGUACAUUGAAAGUCUAUCGAACUUUGAUGAAACUAGCAUAAACUUGAUGGCUUGAAGUUAGACAUACUAAUAAACAAGAAAACAAGAGUGACUUCUAAAUUCUCUCCUAACUAAUUACGCUCUGCUUAUUAGUGGCUUAAGAUUUAAUAAAUCAGAGAGUCUCUAUAAAAAGAAAUUUAAAUAACAAGAGAUACUUUUUUAGAGAUUUUAAUAGAGCUUUUUUUUAUAAGUAAUAUUAUAUUAGAAAAAGACUUGUUGUCGAUUAAUUCAACGGAAG